CUGUAACAGCUUCCCACCUCAGCUUCUUCACUUUUUCUCUGUCUUUGUCUCUGUGAGAAAGGAAAAACAAAAACAAAAAUGGAGGAGGAAGAGGAGGAGUGGUUCAAGAAGGGAGGCGAAGUGGAAGUGAGCUUGGAGGAGGAGGGUUUCAGAGGGUCCUGGUACACCGCCACCGUGCUCCGGCGGGUUUCCAAGAAGAACUACAAGAUGUUAGUGGAGUUCAAGAACCUCACUGCCGACGAGGAAGGCACCAAGCCUCUGCGCCAGUUUGUCGAGGCGAUACUGGCACGCCCGGUGCCGCCUAGAGAGCUCAACCGCAGCUUCAAGCUCAGCGAUGAGGUCGACGCCUUCCACAACGACGGUUGGUGGGAGGGCAUCGUCACCGCCGUCUACCCUAUGGAGGAGCAGCGCCAAGAUUCGUCCACGCGCCGCUACUCGGUUUUCUUCAGAAGUUCCAGGGAGCAGAUUGAUUUUCCCCAAUCCGAUCUCCGAUUGCACCGCGAGUGGUUCCAUGGCAAGUGGGUUCCGCCCCUUGAACAAGAAGAAUAGAAUUCACCCUUCCAGGUUGUUUGUGGGAGUUUUCUUCAGGUCUCACCAGAGGCGGAUCCGAGACUCCUUCAGGCAUCAUGUUUGCCGUGUGGUUUAUCCUGAGCAUGACAAUGUCCUCUAGUCAGGUUGUCCUUCACUUCACUUGAGUUCAUGUAGAAAAAAAAUGAAGAGCAGAAGUUUUAAAGCUUUGCAGGAUUUCUUGGUACCAACUAUGUGAUUAAAGCUGAUAUAUGAGAAAAGUCCAAAUGUUUUGAGUGUGCA